CCUCUAUCGACCCAGCAGUGCAGUAUGACUCUGGUUCUAUCGCCUCUAGUCGUGUUCUCUGCGAGAGAGGCGAUAUCAAGCGUUUAAAGGGCUGAGGCAGUGAUCGUAGUCGUGACAGACAAGGUGAUUCUCUGUGCUGUGCUUCCUCGCUGCUGCGGGUCUAUACUACACCCACUGUCAUCAGCACGGCCACCAUUCCAGGUUGUUCCGCUCAAGGACAAGAGAGACGAAGGAAGAGGAAAGAGCCAAGCUGCCUCGCCGGCGGGAGUCGCUAGAUUAUAAUCUGAGUUGAGCCUGGAAAAAAACAAGCACCUUAACCCAAAACCAGAAGAGAAUAUGAAAAUCUUACUCCUGCCUAUUAUUCUCAUUAUUUUCUUUAUCCACCAUUCUCUUACACAAAGUGACUCCGAGCUUGUAGUACCAACUAAGUUAGGUCGUGUCCAGGGUAUACGUUUGCCCAUCCCAGAUCGAAGCCAUGUUGUUGCCUUUCUGGGUAUUCCAUUUGCAGAACCUCCUGUUGGAAAAAAGCGUUUUAGGCCAGCUGAGCCCAAAAAACCAUGGAAUGAUGUGUUUGAAGCCACAGAUUAUCCCAAUGCUUGUUACCAGUAUGUGGACACUUCAUAUCCUGGGUUUCCUGGCACCGAAAUGUGGAACCCCAACAGGAUGAUGAGUGAGGAUUGCUUAUACCUAAACGUCUGGGUUCCUGCCUCCCCUCGGCCACACAACCUCACUGUUAUGGUAUGGAUAUAUGGUGGUGGCUUCUACAGUGGUUCUUCCUCUCUAGAUGUCUAUGAUGGUCGCUACCUGGCACAUUCUGAGAAGGUGGUGGUGGUUUCUAUGAACUAUCGUGUGGGUGCAUUUGGCUUCCUUGCCCUUAAUGGCUCCUCUGAAGCUCCUGGAAAUGUGGGACUGCUAGACCAGAGGAUGGCACUCCAGUGGGUCCAAGACAAUAUUCACUUUUUUGGAGGCAAUCCUAAGCAGGUAACCAUUUUUGGGGAGAGUGCAGGUGGAGCCUCAGUUGGCAUGCAUCUUUUGUCUCCAGAGAGUCGCCCCAAAUUCACUCGUGCCAUUAUGCAAAGUGGUGUGCCAAAUUCCCCUUGGGCUACAGUCAGUUUUGAUGAGGCUCGAAGAAGGGCCAUGAAGCUGGCCAAAUUGGUGAGCUGUCCUGAUGAUGAUGACACUAAGCUAGUUGACUGCCUUAGGAACAAGCAGCCACAGGAGCUUAUUGACCAGGAGUUCCGUGUACUCCCAUAUAGUAGCCUGUUCCGUUUUUCCUUUGUGCCUGUGGUUGAUGGUGUGGUGCUACCUGAUACCCCUGAUGCCAUGUUGAGCUCAGGCAAUUUCAAGGAUACUCAAAUUCUUUUGGGUGUAAACCAGGAUGAAGGGUCAUAUUUCUUGAUUUAUGGUGCUCCAGGUUUCAGUAAGGACAAUGAUAGUCUGAUCUCAAGGGAGGACUUUCUACAAGGUGUUAGGAUGAGUGUCCCUCAUGCCAAUGAUAUUGGAUUGGAGGCAGUGAUCCUUCAAUACACAGACUGGAUGGAUGAAGACAACCCUGUGAAAAACCGUGAGGCAAUGGAUGACAUUGUGGGAGACCAUAAUGUAAUCUGCCCUCUGCAGUACUUUGCAAGAUCCUAUGCUCAAUACAGUUCUAACCCUCCCCAGAUAGGAACAACGAGUCAGGGAAACUUUGGCUGGGCCAAUUCGGGCCCACCAAGCAACAGCGGCCAUACACAAGUUGCUGUGUACCUCUACCUCUUUGACCAUCGAGCCUCUAACCUGGCCUGGCCUGAGUGGAUGGGUGUGAUCCAUGGCUAUGAAAUUGAAUUUGUGUUUGGUCUGCCUUUGGAGAAAAGGCUUAACUAUACUGCAGAAGAGGAGAAGCUCAGUCGACGUAUGAUGAGAUACUGGGCUAAUUUUGCUCGUACUGGCAAUCCCAAUGUCAAUGUUGAUGGAUCCAUAGAGAACAGACGGCGAUGGCCUCUCUUUACAGCAACAGAGCAGAAGCAUGUUGGCCUAAACACCGAUGCAAUGAAGGUGCACAAAGGGCUGAAAACACAGCUGUGUGCCCUGUGGAACCAGUUCCUGCCUCGCCUACUUAACAUAACUGACAACAUUGAUGAUGCCGAGAGGCAAUGGAAAGCAGAGUUUCACCGCUGGAGCUCCUACAUGAUGCAUUGGAAGAGCCAGUUUGACCAUUACAGCAAGCAGGAGCGUUGUACAGACCUGUAGAUGGCCCUAGAGAGAAUGUGAGACAUGGAGAGAAUGCAAGAAAACAAAUAUUUGAGAAGAAUGAUCAUAUUACUGUAUAGUCUCAGGAGCCCUCUGACAGAAUGUCCAUCGUUCUCUGAGCCACUGUAGAUUAUGCCCAUUAUUGUUGGGUUCCUCUGAGUAGGUAAAAGAUUUAACUUGGGAAGGGUACAGUUAUAAACUCUACAGAGUAUCAUUUGCCACCCGUAUAUUGCUCACUAUUGCAUCAUUUUGCAUUUCAAUACUAUUACUAUUGCCAUAUGCAGUUUUUUGACAGUAUUGCAUGUUAACUGUGGGAAGAGACUGUUAAAAGUUAUGGUCAUCAUUGAGGAUAUAAAAGAAAUGUUAAAGGCGUGAUAUUACCUCUGAUAAUUGUCUGUGUGUGUCAGUAUACCUGAUUCUUAGAAGCCCUCAUUUACCCUGGUCCUCAGGAUCCUACAUUUCCCCCCCCCCCCUUUUAUUUUUAUUUAUAUAUAUAUAUUUUAAUAUAAACUUAAAGCUAGACGGCCUUUCGAUUUCAUAAAAUCUGUGAAAUGUAGUUCCCUCUGAAAUUUGGUCAUUGUGAUGUGUUUAUUUCUGUAAUAUCUCAAAACAAAAAAAACCCAGGCUGUUCUGUGGUUGCGAAGUUAUUUAAUUUGAGGGGAUUCCCUAGCAAAUGUGCAUGAAAUCACUCUCUUCGUGCAGUCAAGCAGACAGAGGAAGUCUGUGCGCACAUGCGCAGGUUUACCUGCCAUUUUGGGUUUUACGGCAGCUGGCAUCCAGCAUUGCAUUACUGCCAUCUACAGGUUUACCUUGACCUUGCACUGACAGUUAUAUCAUUCUGGCGCUAAACGAACAGCUGAUCACACUAAGGUGCUCGCUGACCGCCAAUAUUUAUUAGUUUGGUCCUGCAUUUCCUUUCCUUCGCAACGUUAAUGUCUUUUUUUUCUUCUCGCUUUCCAUUACAGUAGUCGGUCUUUCACGUUUCAUUCACACACACUCAUCCUCCAUUUUUUUUUUCUCCUGUUUCAAAUUUGUAUCCCCACAAUGCCUUGCGCAAACAGGGAAAACCCACCAUGUGAUGUAUGAUAUAGUAUUUUGGAUUGGGUCAUGCUGAAACAGAAAAAAAAAUGGCAGAGAAUUUUGGGCCACAUGGCCCUAAAUUAAUUAAUUGUUCUAUAUUUUUUUAAAAAUAAUAAUAAAAUUGAAAGUCUGUGAUUCAAAUUCAGUAGCUUUCGGUCCACUAAACAAAAAUAAUUGGGUGUCGGGAAAAUUCUUUUUAUGACCUACACUUAAAAUCUGAAAGGCAGUCAACCUUUAAGGGUUUAAUUUGCUUAAGCUAUAAUUGCUGUUUGACCACAUGUGCAUUUGUCCAUUCCUCAUCUCUUAUAUUGGUCCUCUCCACUUUUUAAAUUUUGUGUGGCCUAUGGUUGUGUAGUUGUCUGCUGUCUCAGUAUGGGUCCAGAUCAAUUAUUUGAUUUGAUAUAUAAGGGAAUCAUGAGCCAUUUCAGUCCAUGCUUCAUGUGUUGGCUCUGAACUGCAUUGAUGUUUGCUCUGGCUUCCAGAAAUGUGUGUGUAUGCCAUUUCUGUGUAUUAUACUGAUAUGUAUAGCACUUAUCUUGUUUGAUACACCUAUUGCAUGCAUUCUGGUGCUUACAGCAUGAUCCACCUCUAUUUGUGUGUUUGUGAGGGUGUGCAAGCUAAAAAGUAACUGUGUAAGAGUAUAUCCAAAUAGAGUGCCUCCAUAGGUUAGUAUCCAUUAUCUCCUGUCUAUAUGUAGAACAUGACUUGUGAAAGUCACCUCCACUUUCAUUAUAUUUGCCUGGGCACUUUGCGCAUGUGUGCAAGUGCUAAAGAGAGAGGUCUGCAACUAUUGUGUCAUGCCCGUGUGCCAAAAAGUCAAUAACCAACACACACACACACACACAAAAAAAAAAAAACCUACUGGCUCCCCUCCCAGUAGAAAAGAAUUUUCAUUACACUAAUGGAAGGAGUGUAAUUCAGUUAGUGCUCAUUUGAAAUGACAGCCUGCUAUGUCAGCCAUCUUAACCCCAACUCUGCCAUCACUCAACUUGUGCAUUUGGUGGAUGAUGUAGGAAAGCAGUGGGUUUUUUGUUUUGUUUUUUUUAAUGGGAGUGUUCUGAGAGAAGACAUUUACAAGAGCCAACUAGAGUUGAUGCUUUACUCAUUCUCAUGGUUUAGUAUGUCCUUUUUUCCUUUUAAGUAUUUUUUUUUUGCAUGUUUGCACUAAGUAUGAAAUGUAGAAGACUACAAUGUUUAUCAGUUUUGUGAAAUCUGGUUUAACUCAUGUACUAUAUUUAUGCUUUAUGGACAUAAUUCUGUUAUUUACUCUCCCCCCCCUUGCCUUUCUGACCAUAUUUAUCUCCAAUAUAUUUGUACGGUUUAAAGUGUGGUUGUUUUGGGUGCUUUCGGUGAGUCACACCACUGAUUUUCACAUUAUUUCAGCAUAAGUUUUCAUCGUUUGUUAUAACACUGUGGAAGAGCAGGCCAUCCAACAAAUAUUAAGGUUAUGUGGAAUUAUAUGUAACUUCAGAGUGACAGGAGAAAGACAUUUUACUUUAGAAAAUAAAAUGGUAAAAUGCUGUCCUAAAUUAUUUGGGUAUGAGAUAAAACAGAUGCGUGAAAAUAAAUGUAUGUGCCAGCAGUGUGGCUGAACAACAUGCUUGUCUGUUGCUGCUCUUACAUCUUUUGCUCAUUGGCAAUCUGUCCUUAUCUCCUCUGUCCAGUGAAAAGGCCUAAAUCUCCUCUUAUACUGAAUUAUGUAAUCAUAAAUUUGAUUAAGCCUUUUAACAAUGUAGUGCUGAUGUACAUUUUAAAUCUAUACCUAUUAAAGAUUACUAUUAGCCCUGAGAUUGAGGUUAGUAAUAAGAGGUUAUACUUGCAAUUGAAUAUAUUUGAAUUGAUAAUUUCAAUGGUAAUCAUCAUGGUUGUGAAAUUGUGAGUGAUUAAAUCACAAUAUCUGUGUGGUGGAGGGGGGCUUUUUUCAGUAACACUUUUUUUGAGAUGACUUUGAUUGCAAUAGCACAUAAACCUUUAGUCAUGUACUGUAAUUAAUGUGAACACUUGGCAUUGUGUGAUUGUUCUAGAGUAUUAUCUGCGCAUCCUCAAAGUGACUGACUGCAUUUUCAUUUUGCAUCCUCGCUGUUAUUCUUAAUGGUUCAGACAUUGCCCACUGUGCCAAACCUGUGUGGUGACAGCAUUGUGUUACUACUCUGCAUGGUACUACUGCUGCCUCUUGGGCGUUGUAUCUGAAGUCCAACAAAACCUCAUUAAAAU